AUGGGAAACUCCAACUCCAACAUCGUCUUGACGGAUGAGGUCAAUCUCAACCACUUCCGCCUGCUACGGGUCGUGGGCAAGGGUGCAUUUGGCAAGGUUCGGAUUGUGGAACGCAAGGACACCGGCUUGACGUUUGCACUCAAAUACAUCAGGAAGGAUGAGGUGGUACGGUCGGAAAGCGUGCGCAACAUCAUACGGGAGCGGAGGAUGCUCGAGCAUCUGAAUCACCCGUUCUUGUGCAAUCUGCGUUACAGCUUCCAGGACAUGGAAUACCUCUACAUUGUGGUUGAUUUGAUGAACGGCGGUGACUUGCGCUUUCACAUAUCGCGCAAGACUUUCACCGAGGAAGCCGUUCGAUUCUGGAUUGCACAGCUUGGUUGUGCUCUACGAUAUAUCCACAAGCAGGGAAUCGUGCAUCGUGAUGUCAAACCAGACAACGUGCUGCUGGACUCCGAAGGCCACGUGCAUUUGGCUGAUUUUAAUGUGGCCUCUGAUCUCACGCCUGGGAAGCCGCUGACCAGCAAGUCUGGCACCCUCGCCUAUCUUGCUCCCGAAGUUUAUACCGGCCGAGGAUACUACUCAGAACCGGACUGGUGGUCAUUGGGCGUGCUGUUCUAUGAGUGCAUCUACAACAAGCGGCCUUUCGAAGCGAAUCAUCAUGAUGCACUGGCGCAAUCCAUCGUGAAGGCAGAUCCGCCAUUCCCCGUGACUUCCCCGCCUGUUUCAAUGCCGUGUCUGCACGCCAUCAGUUCGCUGCUGGAAAAGAACAAGAAUCUACGCAUAGGUGCAGCAGGGUGGGAGACUUUUACUGAUAACCCCUUCUUCAGGGAGAUCGACUUUGAAGCUCUGGAAGCCAAGGAGAUUGAGCCGGUGUUCUGUCCAUCAAGUGAGAAAACUAAUUUUGAUGCCACCUACGAUCUUGAGGAGCUUCUCCUGGAAGAAGCUCCUCUAGAGGCUCGAGCGCGGAAACAAAAGCCACGAGCUGAGCUGAGGGACGAUGCGACGCAGCAGGAAAUCCGAGCAGACGAGCUGCACCGCAUGAUUGAGACGAUGUUCGAGCCCUUCAAUUACACGAUUGCGCCCAACGAUCGGAGCCCUGUACCGACUGCAGUCGCAUCUGGGGCCUCGAAAUCUCGCACAACGAAAAGCGAGAGAAGUUCGCCAGUAGCUCCAAACUACUCCCGGCCGCAUACGGCCCAUGCACGUUCCAUACCAAAUUCUCGCUCACAGACCCCGGGCAGCGCAAACACUUCCGGGCACUCCGCCCGCGGCUCUCCACCACUUCCGACACUUGACUUUCAGACAGGCCCGACUUCGUCGCCGCAUCAAGAUCCGGCUCAAGGAUCAAGAAACCAACCGAGGACACAAGCUGUGCGCAACGAUCAGAUGCCGAACGUGCCGACUCACAAAGCCCCCAACGCCACAAGGUCACAACAUCCUCGGGGAUCGACUCGGAGCACCUCCAUGGGCGGAGGUGUUCAAGUCGUGCUCAACGAGGAAGGCAGCUGGAGUGAUAUGGCGAAUCAGAGUCAAGGCAUGGUCGCACCGAGUGAUGAGCAGCGCCGUUCGGAGCGACCUUCAGGCAUGCUGGGUUUCCUGAGUCGGAAGAAGGGUCGAGAUAGAAGUCCCAAGGGGAAGGAGAAAGAACGAGGUGUAAUCGGCAAGGAGGGCGCACGAGUAAUAAUAAGUCAUGGCUGA